AUGUCGCGCUUAAUGUUGAACCAUAGUCGCCUGCUGAUGCGUCCAUCUCCAUUGAUGGCUCGUCGUGCCCUGUUUUCCACAGGCUUCAAAUGUCUUGAGCAACAACAGCCAAAUCAACAAAACACCACUCAUUUUGGAUUCCGUGAUGUAGCAGAGGAAGAGAAAGAGUCCCUUGUUCAUAACGUCUUUGCCAAUGUGGCCAGCAAAUACGAUGUGAUGAAUGAUGCCAUGAGUUUAGGCAUCCAUCGCAUCUGGAAAGACGAAUUCAUCCGCUCAAUGGCACCUGGUCCCGGCACAAAGCUACUGGAUGUUGCUGGUGGCACUGGUGAUAUUGCACUCAAGUUUCUAGACUACUGCAAGAAUGUGCACCAUGACAACACGGCCACAGUGAAAUUAGUGGAUAUCAAUGCUCACAUGCUGGGUGAAGGCGAAAAGAGAUUCCAAAAGACACCUUAUGCUCACACCAAUCAAGCCAGUUUCCUGGUCCAAAAUGCUGAACAUUUGGAUGAAAUUCCUGAUGAAUCUGUGGAUGUCUAUACCAUUGCUUUUGGUAUUCGUAACUGUACACAUGUUGACAAGGUGGUCAAGGAGGCCCACAGAGUGCUGAAGAAGGGAGGACGCUUCAUGUGUCUUGAGUUUAGCAGAGUGGACAACCCCGUCAUUGGAAAAUUCUACGACAUUUACUCGUUCGACAUCAUCCCUGCGUUAGGCCAGGCCAUUGCUGGUGAUCGUGAUUCAUACCAGUACCUGGUGGAAAGUAUCCGCAAGUUCCCUCCCCAAGAAGAGUUUGCUCAAAUCAUCCGUGAUGCUGGAUUCAAGACCAUUGGCAAAGGCUAUGAGGAUCUUACCUUUGGUGUAGCUGCCAUCCACAGUGGAUUCAAGAUUUAA